AUGUCGUCUAAAGUGAUAAUAGGCGGGGCUGUCACCGUGGCCGCCGGGUAUGCGUUGUACGAGUACCAGCUACAGCAGAAACAACAGCGCACCACGCUGCAGCCUGCUGCGCUACAAAAAGAUCGCGACACACACGCAUUUGAGCGCCAAGGCGAGCGGGCGGGCGCAAAGCUCGAUAGCGCUGCCAACCGUGCGCGCGAGCAGGUCCGCGACCUAGCACACGACGCAGACGACAAGAUGACGUCCACGAUGGCAGAAGUGGAACGCGCCAAGGCCAGAGGCACCCAGUGGGUUUCCGAACAUUUGGGAGAUGCCCAAGAAAAGGUCGAAGACCGUCGCGACAAGUAUCUAGAGCGUUCCGGCGAGUUGCACGCGAUUGUGGAAAACACCCGUGAGCGCGAACGCGCCAGUCAAAACGCUGUCAAGAGAUUUGUGAACGACACCCGCGACCAGAUCUCAAGCGAUAUCCAGAACAUUCGUGCUGGCGUUGCCGACGACGCCUCGAGCAUCAGAGACGCAAUCGUUGGUGCCAAGAAGCAAGGCAAAGACACCGCGCAAUCGUGGGAAAAAUCUGCGCGUGACACCGCGGCAGAUGCUAAGCAAGCCACGGAGGACAAGUCCCAGUCCAUUUUCAACUGGGGGUUCAGCAAGGCUGAAAAGGCCCGUGCCAAGGCAAUUGAAGAGUACGACCAAGCCAAUAAGCAUUUCCACGAGCUCAGCGAAAAGUACAAGUCCGAAUCAGGGCUUUUCUCGGGCGCCAGCGACGAAUUGAAGAAACAGUUGAACGAAGCUGAAUCUCAGCUCAAGUCCUACAAGGAAAAACUCGAGGAUGCUUCUGCCAAGUAUUCCAAAUACACCACCGACAACAUCAACGAACUUUCUGACAAACUUGAGGAGGAAGACCGCAAGCUGCGUAAGAAGGGAUUUUUCACCUGGUUGACCGGAAAAGAAUCUUUGUCUGACAAAUCUGACAAUGUGGAUGAGAUUGCAUCUCAUAGUGUUGUUGGAUGGGGGGAGACUGCAGAGGCAUUGGCCAAAGAAGAGUUGGAUGACUUGGUGAGAAACAAACAAAUUGGCCGCAGUGAGGCUCAAAGGCGUUUGGACGAGUUGAAGAAAAUCAAGGAUGAAGGAUGGUUCACAUACCAGGGUAAGGACGACGCUGAUUUGGCUCAACGCGCUGCCAAAGCUCUCAAGGGCUGGGGUGAGACUGCCUCGCAACUGGCACAAGACGAGUACGAAGAAACUCGCAGACGUAUGCCUCAAGCACCCAAGAGCUUGUCUGACGCUGUAAACGUGGCCAAAGAAAAAGUGGAGUCCACCAAGAAAGAACUAGACAAGGCCAGUGCCGAGUGGUGGUCGCAGGGCAAGGACAAGAAGAACGAGUUGCGUGACAAGGCUCAAAAACAGUAUGAUGAAGCCGAAAAGGAAUACCGUGCCUCUCUAGAUUCUCUUGCUGAUUGGUCCGAAAUGGCAAAGGGCAAGUUCUGGUCUGGCGCCGACACCGCUUUGGGUGCCACCAAGUCCACCACUGACACUUUACACACUAAGGCCAAGCAAGGGUUGAAUGCUGCCCAGGAGUAUGUUCAGGACAAGAAGGAGUAA